AUGUUUUGGUGCUGUCGGGUAUGGGGGGAUUUGUGCCCCUUCGGCUUUCAGGUUCUGGGGGGGGGGGGGGGGCCCGCAGGGGCAGCAGCACUUCCGGCACCUGCCCUGGCCGAUCGCCUGCGAGCGGAGGUGCGAAGCGCAGAGGUGGUCUCAGGCUUCAGCGCACAGGUCAACGCUUCGUGGUUCUCAUUCUCUUUGGAUGAGGCGGAGCGCGUUCCGUAUUACGAGAACCUCUGGGAGAUCUGGGUGCGGAAUCGUGCAGAGCUGUCCAACUAUAGCUUCGGCUUGGACUGGAUUGAGGCGGCCUACUUUGGCUUCAAGCCAUUCGAAGUUCAUGCGAAGCCCAGGACAUUGGCAGAGGCCAGAGAGCGGGCACCUUACUUCGCGCUCAAUGCUCUGCGAACGGACGCUGGUAGCCCUUUGUAUGGCGACAUCACAGUUGUUCUCCGGCCCAGCGUGGCAAAUGCGGUCUCCAUCGUGUCGGCGUUCGACACGGGAAGCUGGGCCGGAAUGUGCAACAACUCCUUCAUGCCUCCUGCCGGAGGCUUCGAUCACAACUGCUCGGCUUACCCUGGGCAUGCCGGCCUCGGAAGCCUCGAGGCUUUUGAUCACUUGCUCCUCACCAACGAGCAGUACUGGCACAACGCGCACACACUGGAGCGCCUCCUGGUGCGUACCCUUAGCCCAAGCUCGACGCUGACGGGUCCGGACUUCGUCCACUACUUCGAGGUCUUGCCUGCAGCACGCUUGAAUUUUCCGGAACACAUCAAGUAUACGACAUCGCAUCCAGUUGGUUCGUCAUCGCCUCCUUUCCCAGUCUUUUCGGCACGGCCCGCGGCGAGCGGGUACGAGCAUGGAGCCGCAGGCGGCCCCGGUGAAUAUUCCGGACAGAACAACGGCAUCAGCUAG